AUGCCACCUCGACGAAGUGUGCCUGCUAGUAACGACGACAACAUCUCAGCAAUGGAUCGUAUGGCCCAGGCAAUGGAAAGACUGGCUGAGUUCAUACUGGGUCAGCAAGCCCAGAACCAAAACCAAGGGCAGUCACGGGUUGACUUUGCUAAAGCAAUAGCAAACCGACAACCACCGUAUUACGCUGGAGAAAACGACCCGGUGAUCUUGGAGGAAUGGAUCCGGACGUUCGACAAAUUUCUUAAUGCAGUAAACUGUCCUACGGAUCAGCGAGUACCUUCCGCAGUCUAUUACCUGACGAAAGUCGCAGACAACUGGUGGGCAACAGUUGGACCUGACCUCCUGCAAGACCCAGAUUUUGGCUGGGAGGAAUUCAAAGUGGAAUUGAGAGGACAAUUCUACACGGAGCGUAUUACGGGGAUCAAAUGCGAAGAAUUCUUACGACUAAAGCAAAAGGGAGCAACCAUCCAAGAAUACCAUAACAAAUACGUGGAGCUGAUGCGUUUCGCUCAAGAAAUCAUGCCUGACGAGGCGAGUAAGGCAAGAAGAUUCGUCCAUGGACUGGACUGGGACGUAAGAAGGGCGAUCACACCGUUCAUGUGCUCUACUCUGAAGGAGGCAUACGAUAGGGCAUCGGAUCACUAUCAGGUGUAUUUGGACCAACAGGAACUUUACGGCCGAAACAAACGGAAGGCUGAUGAUAAACCACAGAAAUUCCAGUUAGGAAAUAAGAAAGCUAACCAAGGUAGCUUUAACCCAAAACAAGGAAGAGGAAGGGAAGGAAUUAAUCAGGGAAACCGUCCUGCUUGCCGGAAAUGUGGAAGGAAUCAUCCGGGAGAGAAUUGUCAAGGAAUAAGGAUUAAGUGCUACAAGUGUGGCCUCUUGGGACCCAAGGCCUUUGAGUGCCGAACCCAGGUAGACAAUCUCCAAAAAUCCCUGCAAAAUGCAAGCCAAGGAAGAAGAUUUAAUAGGGAACACCGGCCAGAUGUCCGCAGAGACAGAAAAUAA